AUGGAUGCUGCUGAUGAAGUUAAAUCAUGGGAUUACCCACCAAGACUUUACCCUGAAGGGUCUUCAAACCUAGAUGGUAAAGUUAUUAAUCACAAUUUCCAUUCAGAGCAUUUCCCCCACGUUAGAGAAACAAUAGGACUUGAUGUGUGGGAAGAGCUGGUGAACUCUCCCAUUGGAGUAGUUGCUAGGCUAGCUGAACGCGAAAGCAUGUGGUCUGGUAGGACCGUGCACUAUCUACUGUGUAGACAGCUGCGAGUUAUAAAGAAGGAGAUAUGGUGUCUCGUGGCUGAUGAGGCUAUCAGGUUUAGCUUGCUCGAGUUUGGUGAGAUCACUGGGCUAAACACAGGUCCAUUGCCAACAGAAAAAUUUGAUCCUGGUCAAUACAACGAGUUUUGGGGGGAGUUGAAGGUGCCGCUUGGGAUGGGACCAAAGUUAGAUGAACUGAAGGCAGCAUUAGCAUUCUGUCCGCUUUGGAGUUUUGAAAAGCGCAAGUGGUUGGGGCUGCUACUUCUUCAAGCCAUGGGAAUCUAUUGUUUGCAUCACAAUUCAAGGAUACCCUUUCAAAGUGCAAUAAGGGUAUUCGACGAAGAAGCCAUGAGGUCGUAUCCAUGGGGUCGGACUGCAUACGAAGUUCUAGUUGACUCUAUUAAAACGUUGGCUCCAGAUGGAGGUUCAUACACAAUAAGCGGCAUGAAGGACGCGUUAUUGAUUUGGGCUUAUGAAUCCGUCACAUGCUUCGGUGAGAGUUUUGGGAGAGUGAUCAAUAACGAAGACGUUCCGCUUUUGCGAUGGGGUGGAAAGCGUACACGUGCAAGCUUUGAUAAAUUGCUGUCUGCCGAAAUAGAAAAGCAUGGCGUGGUGCGUGUGAGGAGAAUGGUUUUGAAGGACUCAAUUGAAGAGAUGUUUCCUAUUUGGUCGGGUGAAGAUGACGACCCACAACUCGUUAGGUUGAUAACAGACAUACAUUCAGGUAGAUUUGUGAAAGGUUUGUGGGAAGUGCAGCGGAAUACAAAGGGGAAGGGGAAUGAGAAGAAGAGAAUGAAGGGUGGAGUUUCGUCAGAAGCUGAGCCACCCACUAAGAAGCAGAAGAAAGUUAAGACACAGAAUGAGGCUGAAGCUGAUGCAGCAGAAGAAAGUCUAGCGCUUGGUGUUACGUUUGAUGGGAUAAACGAUCAAAAUAUUCAAGGUUUAUAG